AUGGAAGAAGACAGUCGAAGCAGCGCCUUCCUCGAUGUUCCCAUCACCGAAGCUGAACGCCGUGCUCAAGUUGCUCGGGCGGCCGUCAGAGACGACAGCUCCAAGCAACUGUUACCAGAGGUCAGACAACCCUCGUCAGAAGAAUCCCAGCAGCCGUCAUCGUCGGCGACGGCGACGGCGGUCGAUCAACAGCAACAACCACCAGGUCCCUUUCGUUUUCCCUCAAUACACGCUCCUCCAGUCGCCAGACAGUAUGCCCCGAGAUUCUCGCAGAGACCAGGAGUUCGCAAUUAUGUUCCCAUCUCCCCAGUCCCAGAAGAAGACGAACCCGAGUCCAUCAAACUCCGCCCGUUCUCGGCUGCCGCUACGGACGAUGCCUAUCUCCUCCCUUCAACGGGACCGAUGCCGGUCUUGUGGACUCCCAUCUGGUUGAAGCAGUGGUUUCUGGGUCUCUUUGCCCUUAUUUUUGUCGCAUUUCUGAUCGCGCUAAUCCUCCUCUGGCACUUUGAUGCAGAGAACGAUGGCUUCCAUAUCGACCCCGGGACGAACCACUAUACCUGGACCUACACGCCUACGGUCAUUGUCGUCGUCGUCGUGGCCGCGUGGAGAAUGGUGGAUUACCAUUCUAAACUGGCUAUGCCCUACGACGCGCUCCAAGACGGCCCGGUCAAACCGUCUGAAAGUCUUUUAGUCGACUACAUCUCGACCUUUCAGCUUGUAUCAUUACUCGAAGCGUUCAAAAACAGUCAUUUUGCCGUUAUUGCGUCGGUUACCGGUUUUAUCUUAUUAAAAGUUGUCACGGUGUUUGCAACGGGAUUGUUGGUGGCUCUUCCAACAGAAGUGGUUCAAAAGAGCGCGACUGUGCAUGCAAGAGGCUUCAGCGCCGCCUCGUUCGACCCGAAUGGUGUACUCGAUUCUUCGACGUUUCCGGCUCAGCCGGUGUAUGCGUACUACGGCAGUAUGGCUCAGGGUGUGCCUUUGGAAAAUGGCGUUAGGUUUGAUCUGGCAUACAGUGCCUUGACAGUCAGCUCCGACACCCCGAUUGGGAACGAUGCGAUCAUAUCUGGUGAAGUCGAUGCGUUUGUACCCAAUAUGACAUGCAAAACAAUAAAUGUGCAGUUGCAGUCUCCGCGAAUUGUGAACGACACAAACUCAGCGAGCGCAUUUGCGACCUCGACCAACAUCACCUUCAACAUCAAUGCAGGCGAUGUGUGCCGCCAACUUUCUUCAGUCAGCGUUCCAGCGGAUAACCCCUAUACUGAGAUUCUCCCGAAGCGCCAGGUUACAGGCACGAUGCAGCAGAUCUUCUGUGGAGGCACAAAUGCCAGUGUACCUAAUUCAGAUGGCCCGGAAGGACUGUUGUUCACCCUUACCGACAUCAAUUAUCAGCAGACACUAUUCGACAAUGCGACUGACCUCGCAGGGGGUUCAUUUACCAUCGCCAGUGGCGUUUCCAGGACUCUUAACGACAUAACGAAUGUGUUUUGUGUUCCUUCGUAUUCAAUGGCGAGGGUCCAGGUUACGAACAACACCCAGCUACUCAACAAUAAUGCUGCUGUAACGGUCACCUUGAAAGAUGGAGACAGCAAUAGCACACUCUCGGGAUUUUCGGCUUGGAAUGCCACCAAUGUCCUUUCACAAUCCUCAAUUGCCGCACAGGUCCUCUUUGACGAUACGGUUAACGAUGACACUAUUUCUGAUUCGAGCGCUAUAUUUACGCUCAUGGCGCUGACGCAGGGCUCACAAGACAUCGCUACUUUGAAAAACCCAGAAACAAUGAUCGCAGCUGCUCAAGACACGUCCAAUGGACUUUUAUCUCAGUAUGCUCAUCAAGUUCUGAGAGCGGUAGACAGCCCCAGUCUGGAGGGGGGAAAAGUGACUCGUCAAGAACAGAGGCUUCGGGUCAACGACGUUUCUGUGUGGACAAUGGCUUCAGCAUCCGGGUUCCUGUUCCUGUUCUGCAUUGCCUUGAUUUUCAUCGCCCCGCGAGCGGUUGUUCCCCGAGACCCAAGCUCUAUCGCGGCGGUUGCGACAACCCUGACUAGAAGCACCGAGUUGAAUCGAUUAUUGAGGAAGCAAGGAGCACCGAGCCGUGCGAAUCAAAAGGCAGUCCUUGCAGGUUUCGAAUUUGGGACAGCCAUCGCGACCACCGAUUCUGGGACGAGGAGCUUCAAGAUUGUCACGUCAGAAGGCGAGCCAGACGAACCGGUCACCAAGCCGUCUAUGGAUAUUAUCAAGUGGUGGGUACCGAUUAGCGCAACCUUUCCAUUCUUGACGCUCACAUUGAUUCUGCCCGCGGGCCUCAUUGUGGCAUUGGAGCUCAUUCAACGGCAAUCGGACGAUCAUAAUGGGUUUUACACCGUCGCGGACGACAAGUGGACGGAAAUCUACAGUCAUUACAUCCCCGGCCUCGUCAUGUUGAUUUUGGCAGCGUUGAUCAAUAUGCUUGACUUCAACGUGGCGUUGUUCACUCCGUGGAACAACCUUGCCGAAGGAAAUGCGAUCCAUAGAAGAUCAGUCCUCAACAACAUUCUCGGGAGAUCGCCGCUAUCUGCAUUCUUGCAGGCCCUGAGGACGCGGAGCCUCGGUGCCAUGCUGAGUAUCACCGCCGCAGCCGCCGCGAGUGUCCUUACAGUGAUUGCCUCGGGCUUGUAUUACGUCCAGCACUUCUCGGUCGAAGGGGCGAGUAUUUCGCUUACUCAAGUUGACUCUUUCGAUCUUCAGUGGCAGAACAGCUUCUCUAAUGACAACGGGGCGGCAGCCAUCACGAAUCUGAUCAUGCACCAGAAUUUCAGCUAUCCACAGUUUACGUAUGAGGGUCUCGUGUUUCCAAAGCUGUCGCUGAACAACUCCGCAUUGACGACGAAUUCACUCACAACAGUGUCUGGAUCAUCAUCCCACGUGCUCCCAGCUGUUCGAGCAAAUCUCAAAUGCGACGUUCUUCCGAGUGACUCUUUCUCCUUAUCCACAGAAAAGGCGGGCGACGGGAGCGCGUACGCGACGGAUCAAGCAUUCAUCACAGCCAGAGCAGCACUUCCCGACUCGUGCCAUCUCGGCGGCUCCAAAGGUACAGAUGACUUUGUUCUCUAUCAGAACAACUUCGAAUUACCGCCAGGUGGGAAGGGAACAUUUGCCGGAGCUCAAUUGGAUCUGUUGUUUGGCGAGAAUGCAACAACAUAUGGCAAUUAUGGCGAGAAUCGUGGUCAAUACAUAAGUGAUAAUCCUCCUGUUGGUUGUCCCAGUCUGGCAUUCACUUUCGGCCACUUCCAGGUGGACAGCACGGACACAAGUCAAGUGACGACAAUGGUGUGCUAUCAACAAAUCCAGGGCCUCAACGCAAAUGUGACCCUGCAGCCAAACAGCACGACCAUUGAUGCCAGCCAUCCCCCGGCUGUGGAUGAGAGCAGCAUCUUCCUCCACGACAAUCCGCUUAGCAACAACAGCGGUGUGAAGACGUUCGAUUUUCGCAUCCAGAACAACCUCGCUCAGGAAAUGACCGUGUUCAAUGGCGCGGGUGGCACACCGGCAACUAAUCCUUCGAGUACAAACACGUUUGACAUCUUCUUCCAAGCAAUAAUCAACGGCUCCGAGCCCCACGAUCCAGCGUCUUUAGCCGGCCCAAACAAUCAGGAUGUCCUCAUUGGCGCAAUCAACCGAUUUUAUCGAAUCUACAUGGCACAAGCCAUCUCGGCAAACAUGCGCGGCCCCGUCAACAGCCUGGGCACUCCAUCCCGCCUCUUUCGACGCCAGAGCUCUUCCACAAUAACCUCGGCGACCACAGUAGACACCCCGCGCCUCGUCCAGGACAAGGACAGCAAACUGAUCCUACAGAUCCUCCUCGGUAUUAUGACGGCCUUGGCCGCAUCGGCAUGGCUGACGACGAAGUUCCGCCGCGUCCUACCGUGUAACCCGUGCUCGAUCGCUGGGACCAUGUCCCUCCUCGCGGGCAGCGACUUGUGCCACAGCACCGACGACGGCCUGUGCGAAUGCUGCGGGAAACCCCGUCGACGGUCAUUUGGAUACGACGCCGGCAACAGACCGGAAUCAAUCCACGCAGGGCCCGACGAGAACAGCGAGGACGCCGACGAACGCCACCAGAUCAUCUCCAACGGCGCAGAGUGGAUGCCCGCGUCCCAGUUCGCAACGGUCUUUGGCGGGAACCGCUACAGUAUGGGCUGGUGGCGCGAGCGGCGACUCAUAGGCAAGAGACGGCGGUUCGGCGUGGAUGUGGGUGCUCGUGCCGACGGCGCUGACGACCAAGACUGGGAGUUGGGAAGUAGGAGACCCGAGGGCCACGGAUUCAGCGACUUUAUGAUGAGGGGCGGCGACCGCGACGGCCGUGGCGAGUACGCGAGAUUUGGCGGCCGCUCGCGAGGCGCCAGCAUCAGUGACCCGACCAACGAACCUCCUUCUGGGGUGAUAGCCAUGGGUGGUGCGAGAGCUGGACCUGGACCUGGACCCGGACCGACAACAACCAUGCCCAGGCAACCCGCGCCGGGGAUCUUCGUGACCGACACGGGCCGGACGGGCCAGCCACAGCAGCAGCUCUACCAAGAUUCGGGCGAAAUAGGCAUGCCGGGCCGACGAGGUCCUGUCGGCGGCGAAGCAUAG